GCGCGCGGCUCCCCGGACCGGAAGUGGAGGCGAACUGUCGCGGGGUGCGCCUGGCCUUGCUCAACGCCCGGCAGUCCCCGCCGUCGCCGCCGCCCUCGGCAGCUGCCGAGGCUUCCCGCAGCCGUCAUGUCCGCCAGCGCCGUCUACGUGCUGGACCUAAAGGGCAAGGUGCUCAUCUGCCGGAAUUACCGCGGCGACGUGGACAUGUCGGAGGUGGAGCACUUCAUGCCUAUCCUGAUGGAGAAGGAGGAGGAAGGGAUGCUGUCGCCCAUCCUGGCCCACGGGGGCGUCCGCUUCAUGUGGAUCAAGCACAACAAUCUGUAUCUGGUCGCCACAUCAAAGAAGAACGCAUGCGUGUCGCUGGUGUUCUCCUUCCUUUAUAAAGUGGUUCAGGUGUUCUCUGAGUACUUCAAGGAGCUGGAGGAGGAGAGUAUUCGUGAUAACUUUGUCAUCAUCUACGAGCUGCUGGAUGAGCUCAUGGACUUCGGCUACCCCCAGACCACCGACAGCAAGAUCCUGCAGGAAUACAUCACUCAGGAAGGCCACAAGCUGGAAACGGGGGCCCCGAGGCCCCCAGCCACCGUCACCAACGCAGUGUCCUGGAGGUCCGAGGGCAUCAAGUACCGGAAGAAUGAGGUGUUCUUGGACGUCAUCGAAUCUGUCAACCUCUUGGUCAGUGCCAAUGGCAACGUGCUACGCAGCGAGAUCGUUGGCUCCAUCAAGAUGCGGGUCUUCCUGUCCGGCAUGCCCGAGCUGCGCCUGGGCCUCAAUGACAAGGUCCUCUUCGACAACACGGGCCGUGGCAAAAGCAAGUCCGUGGAGCUGGAGGACGUGAAAUUCCACCAGUGUGUGCGACUCUCACGCUUCGAGAAUGACCGCACCAUCUCCUUCAUCCCUCCAGAUGGCGAGUUUGAGCUCAUGUCCUACCGCCUCAACACGCAUGUCAAGCCCUUGAUAUGGAUCGAGUCCGUGAUUGAGAAGCAUUCCCACAGCCGCAUUGAGUACAUGAUCAAGGCCAAGAGCCAGUUCAAGCGGCGGUCGACAGCCAAUAACGUGGAGAUCCACAUCCCCGUGCCCAACGAUGCCGACUCCCCCAAGUUCAAGACGACAGUGGGGAGUGUCAAGUGGGUCCCCGAGAACAGCGAGAUCGUGUGGUCCAUCAAGUCCUUCCCGGGGGGCAAGGAGUACCUGAUGCGGGCCCACUUUGGCCUGCCCAGCGUGGAGGCGGAGGACAAGGAGGGCAAGCCCCCGAUCAGCGUCAAGUUUGAGAUCCCCUACUUCACUACCUCUGGCAUCCAGGUGCGCUACCUGAAGAUCAUCGAGAAGAGCGGCUACCAGGCCCUGCCGUGGGUUCGCUACAUCACUCAGAACGGAGAUUACCAGCUUCGGACGCAGUGAGGGGCCCUGCAGCCUGCGCCCCCCAGCCCCGGCGCUGGGGCUCCUGGCGGAAGCACCCGGAGGAAGCACCCGCCAAGCC